AUGGAGCACACAGUGGCUUAUAUUUGCCUGGAGUCUGUGAUUGCAUUGCUUGCUAUCUUGGGCAAUAUCCUAGUCAUCUGGGUAGUGAAGCUGAACUCAGCUUGUCAGACAACAACCUGCCACUUCAUUAUCUCCCUAGCACUGGCAGAUAUUGCAGUUGGGCUUGCGAUACCAAUGGCCAUCGUGGUGGAUUUAAAUGUCUCACUCCCAUUUGAAGCCUGCCUCUUCAUGUGCUGCCUGCUGGUGGCUGUUACUCAAACCUCAAUCAUGUCUUUGCUCGCUAUUGCAGUUGACAGAUACCUGAGAGUGAGGUUCAUUACCCGGUAUAGGAUAAUAACCAGUCAGAAAAGAAUUCAGAUGGCUCUGGGAACAGUCUGGCUGUUGUCUAUGCUGGUGGGGUUUACACCUAUCUUUGGAUGGGCACAAAAAAACUCAACAGGCUUUGGAAACUCACGCAACAUGGAAUGCCGUUUAACUGGAGUAUUGAAAAUGGAAUACAUGGUUUAUCUUAGCUUCUUCAUCGGCACCCUCAUCCCGUUGAUCAUCAUGGUUGUCCUCUAUGGAAAGGUCUUCUGUAUCAUCCGAGCAAAGCUAAGGCAAUGGUCAACAGAUGUUGGAGGAACAAAAACGUUUUACAGGAAGGAGUUUAAGACAGCCAAGUAUUUGGCUUUGAUCCUCUUCUUAUUUGCUGUAUGUUGGCUUCCACUGUGUAUCAUGAACUGUAUUCUGCAUUUCUACCCUGCCCUUAAGAUCCCCAAUGAUGUGUGGUACAUGGGCAUCCUUCUCACCCACUCAAAUUCAGUCAUGAAUCCCAUUGUGUAUGCUUUCAAGAUAAAGAAAUUCAGGGAAACGUGCUUCCAGAUUUUAAGAACUUAUACCUUAUGCAAGAAUCCAGAACAUGCAAUUAACAGUACAUCUUAA